AUGACAGAAGUGACCGACACUCGCAGAUCGGUGCUUAUCACGGGAUGUUCCCUUGGUGGCAUUGGAAAUUCUCUCGCGCGCGAGUUUAACCGCAAGGGACUGCGCGUGCUAGCCACUGCUCGCGAUGCCGCGACUAUCUCUGAUCUUGCCGACCUCGGAAUUGAAACCCUUAGCCUUACAGUUGAUGACCCGGAGAGCGUUAAAGUGUGUUUCGCGGAUGUUGAGAAAAGGCUUGGGAAUAAGGGCCUCGAUUACCUCGUUAACAAUGCGUGA